UGACGCAAAAGCCGCGGAACGUGCGUGCGCACGCGCGCCGGGGUGGAUUUAAAAAAAAUUCCAACCGAAGCGAAAUUCACCUGAGCGCCGACAAUGACGCGGAUUCUUCCCUUUUAAGCCGCAAACUGCUGGAGGCCGCCUUGAAGAUGCCCCGCGGUCAGCUGCGCCAAUGUAUCUGAAGAAAUCUCGAAGCACCUCGAUAAACGGCAUCGGAAAACAAGACAAUGAAUCAAAGAAAAAGAAAAAGGCAGCAGAAAUCCUCCAGGCCUUGAACAGCUCUCCAGUAGAUGUGGCUGCAUUGAGAAGAAUGGCAAUCAGUGAAGGUGGUCUUCUGACAGAUGAAAUCCGCUGCAAAGUGUGGCCAAAGCUCCUUAACGUAAAUGCGUGUGAUCUACGCCCUAAACCAGGACCAGAACUCCGAGAGAACAACAAAGACUAUCAGCAGGUGCGACUGGAUGUACAGCGAUCAUUACGGCGCUUUCCACCUGGAAUGCCCGAUGCAGAGCGCGAGGCACUGCAAGAAGAGUUGAUUGACAGUAUCUUGGAAGUACUGAAGAAAAAUCCCCAGCUUCACUAUUACCAGGGUUACCAUGACAUCGUGGUCACCUUCCUUCUGGUUGUUGGUGAGAGAAUGGCGACAGCCCUAGUGGAGAAACUUUCCACACAUCAUCUCAGGGAUUUUAUGGACCCAACCAUGGACAAUACAAAACACAUUUUAAAUUACCUUAUGCCAAUAAUAGAGAAGGUCAACCCAGAAGUACAUGAUUUCAUGCAAAAAGCUGAAGUUGGUACAAUUUUCGCCUUGAGCUGGCUAAUAACGUGGUUUGGUCACGUGCUUUCUGAUUUCCGGCAUGUAGUUCGGUUAUAUGACUUCUUCCUGGCAUGUCAUCCAUUAAUGCCAAUCUAUUUUGCUGCAGUGAUCGUAUUGUACCGAGGUCAUGAGGUCCUGGAGAGUGAAUGUGACAUGGCUGCUGUCCACCAUCUGCUAUCCCAGAUCCCACAGGACCUGCCAUACGAGACUCUGAUCAGCCGUGCUGGUGACCUCUUUGUCCAAUUUCCUCCAUCCGAACUUUCCAGAGAAGUUGCUCAGAAGGAAAGCACCGCUGUCUCGACCUUCAAAGACUUUGAACUGGUGUCAGCUCAGCAACAUCCUGAUACAGUGCUCCGGAGACGGUUUAAAGACCAAGUGCAGCAAGCACCCAGAACGAGUACGAUUGUGGCAAUAGCGGGGACCAGGAGGUUGAUAAAACUGGCAGUGAUGGGCCUGACUGUAGCACUGGGGGCAGCAGCCUAUGCAGUGGUCAAUAGUGCAUUGGAGUGGGCACCAAAGUUUGAACUGCAGCUUUUUCCAUGAAAGCAAAUGGCAUUUUUAGCCAAUUUACAAAACCCCAAUCAUCUACUGGGAGAGAGGGGUGUGGUAUUUUUUGCUGUUAUUGCCUUUUAGCUCUGAGUGCAUAACUAAAGACUGGAAGCGGGUUAUUCCACACAUUGGACUGGAUUGAACACAGAAUUUUUUUUUGACUUCCACUUUGUGCGUGAAUUGCACCAAGGAUAAAGCUGCAAUAUAUUGCAGAAUAUCAAUUUUACCACCACUUUUAUUUUUGAAACAAAAAAUCUUGGGCUAUGACUUGUUAAAAAUCUACUGCCUCAAAGUGAUGCAAUGUGAAGUUAUCCCACUGAAUUCUUAUAUGGCACGUUACUAAUCUUAUUUAUGUUAUCGAGGAAAGGAGGUGGUUGUGCGGUGAUGGAUGUGCGAUUGAAAUGUGGUUAUAUUCUAGCAGGCAAAUUAUUGUGCUAUUUAGGGCAGUGUGAUGGCAGAAUUAAUUUAUCUGACCACCCCCCCCCCCCCCCCCCCCCCCAGAUACUAAAGUGUAGAGCACGUGGUAAAGUGGGGAAAGGAUUUCACUGGUUAUGUGCAAAAACUAACUGAUUUUUAACAGCAUGCAUAACCCAGGUAAGGAGAGGAGUCUUGCAUCUUUAAUGGUUAAUAAAGUUGUUUCACAUGUUACUCAACUAAAUUUUGAGACGUAUAGUAGAAUAUAACUUGUUAAGCACUCUUUUAUACCAUACAAUAUCUAGAAGAGAUCAGGCCCAGUGCCAUCUCAGAAAAUUGUUGAACCGUGCCUUGUUGUACAUUCAUUCCCCUGGCUUAUUUAGCAAGAGCAACAUUUUGUUGAAUUAUGUAGAGCUGGAAGUGGUAGAUUUGAUUUCAGAUUUCUGCAGUUUGCUAACCUCUGUCAGGUUGGCAUUAGGGGGCAUUUGGCUGACAGUUCCUGCUGUGCAGUUUCCAAUGGAACAACUGGUUUGGCUGAGUUUCCAACCCCCCUGAAUGGCCUGCCAACAUUGUCAGUGUGCAAUCAUGAAUGGUCACUUCAGUUAUUAUCAACUUGACACUGCUCCACAGCAGGUGUCAAUACCUUGAAGAGAGGGGGAGAAAAUGGGUGGUUGGAAAUGAAAUGCAUGCCCUUUAAUGGGAUUAGAUCAUUGACCGAAGUUCCCAGUUCUUCACUCUGCCUUCCUACGUGAUUAACAGUGGUGGUGACUUGGUGCAGCAGAAGAUGCUGUGCGGUGUGUUGGGCCUUGGUUAUGUGACCACACCAUUAUACAAGGGGGAUGAACUUGGCAUGUCAGUGAGCUUCCUGAGUCCCAUUCUCUCAGGGUAGUUAUACUUUCUCUCUCAAUUUUCUCAUUUCACUACUAUCCUCUAAAUUGCCCUGCUUUUAGCAAUCUUAUCUGUACCAUUGUGACGAGAUACCUCAACUGAUCUGCAGGAUAUUUUUUUUCCCUUGUGUUCUGGGUAGCACAAUAAGUCAGUGUCACAAACCAAACAAUCAUUUUCAAGAAGUGCAAAAACACUGUCUUUAAUGAGCACUUCAAUGCCAAUUUUAUCACUGUAGGUUUAAUUAUAUCAUUGUAAAUAUGGAACAUUGACUUAAGUUAGUGGUACCUGUUCAACAAAUGUGACACCGGCUACAAGCCAUCUAUUUAAUAAAUAAACUUCAAUUGAUAGUUAUAUUUUAACUGUAGUAUAUUGCAGCCUUAAUAUUGGUGUCAACAGGCACACUAACCUCACUAAAAGUGUUCGUAACUUGUCUUGCUAGCCCUUAUAAGGCUGUGUUGCUUGAGAAUUUGGUAUGAAAGGAUUGUGUUCUUGAUAUAUUGUUAGCUUUGAGCAAUAUACAAAUCUUUGAUCCACUUUUUUUGUCAUUACAAGAUUUUACUAAUAAUUUUGUGAAGCUACCCAAUAUGCUUAUGGAAUUAAUGAUGGUAAAAUAGCUAUGACAUGCUAUAAUACGUUUUUAUUUUCUUUUAGUGUUUUCUUCCCACUGUUGACGUUUCUGCAGAUAAGCCACUUUGUUGGGGCUUGAAUUCCGACCUUGAUGUUUCCUUAUCUACGUUACAGUUGCUACCUCCCGUGAGGUGCUAGCCGUGGCCUUUUAUAGCGAUGCAUUCUGGAUGGAGUUCAUAAUUCAUGGAAUAUGGCCGAUGUUGACAAAAUUUACAUUUAUUGCCCAUCUCUAUUGUCCUUGAGAAGGUGGUGUGAGCUGUUUGUCAUGAACUACUGUAGUAUUAGUGAUUGGCGCUCCCACAGCCUGCAGCAGUUCAUGACAAUAGCUCAUCACCACCUUCUCAAGGACAAUAGGGGUGGCACUGAAUGUUGGUCUUCCCAAUGGAGCCCAUAUUCCAUGAAUGAAAAAUAAAUUGUUCCUUCUAUCCAGAAUCCAUCUCUGCAAAAGAGGUGAUGAGCACCCCAAGGAAGCAGCAACAGUACCACUGUUACUCACUCCAUGCAUAUGUUCCCUUUAGUGCCUGUAAAUGAUAGUGACCCAUUAUGCUGUGGUCAGGCUUAUCUUCUGAAACCUGCUCUUUGCCCCUUGAUUUGUUGUAGGUAGAAAAUGGAGAUCGAAACUAAACCACUAGCUACAGAUUUUAAUAACACACAUUAUUUUUGUCAGUCAAAUGGGGACCUGAUGACCAAAUGUGAUAUGCCUUGGAUUAUUAUUGUGGUUGACUUGAUUGCUGGAGGUGGAGCUUUUAAGAUGAGAUAACAGAGAGAGGAGCCAGUGCCUCAGUUUAAGGUUGAUGUAUAAGAACUCUCGGUACUGUUUGAACAAAAGUAGUUAUUGUCACUGUUGUAAGGAAUAUCUGGUUAUUAUCACAGCUGUUGGUCAGAGCUUGCUCUUGCAUUUUCCACAUUACAGUAGUGACUCCAUUGAUUGUAAAGGGCUUUGGGCAUUCUGAAAGGUGCUAUAUAAAUUUGAGUCUGUAUUUUUUAAUUCAAUAAAGGGUUAUUAACAACUAAUGCAGAAUUACUUUGCAUUAUAAAUUCUAAGAACAAAGAAGCCAUUAGCGUCCCUCUUUCAUUGGUCAAUCUGUCACAAAAACUGGAUACAAAGGUUUGUAAUAUUAGCACCCUGGUAAUGUUUAAUACAGGACUAAGUCUAAUAAAGCUUUCCUUAUUAAGAUAA